AUGAUAACAUCCUCAUUACCCAGACGAAAUCAACAUAUUCCAGCCACUCUAAAUCACGAAGCCCUCAUUCCUAAUGCUCAAAACUCUCCAAUAUCAAUGCGAUACUCAGUAUCCUGCGCUGGAGGAGGACAUAAAAUGGGUACCAUCGGAACCUACAGUGGAGUAGGAGGACAAGUUAGCGAAAGUCAUCCAUCUGUUAUAGACUUGAAUAACGAAAAUAAGGCGAUGGAUAAGAAAGCAGUUCAUUGGAACAUGCUUCUCCUUCUUUUCAUGUCAGUUUGCUCGGCGCUAUUCGCUGUUAUAGCGCUUCAAUUUCACUUUUCAAACUCCGAAAAAUUCUUAAGAAGUGCCAAAUCUUCAAAUUCUCCAUAUAAAGGAGUAAUUGAUGUUAUUCGAGAUGUUAUUGCAUCUUUUGACGUGGCAAUCGUUAUUCUCUCAAUUCUUGCCUUUUUCAUAUCGGCUCUACAGCUUCUUUUCAUAAUGAAAAUUGUCAAACAAACGCAACAACCAGGAGACGUCGAAGUAGCACUUCAAUACAUGAAAUCGACUAGCUUCCUGCGAAUUGUUGCUUUCUCUUUCUGGUUUGCGUCAAUUAUGGUUUUUGUGAUAGUACUUUUACUCACAGUUGCAAUCGAUCCAUCACGAAGUUUGGCCUCAAAAUGCGUCUCCAUAACUUUAGGAUCAUCUGCAGUGCUCCUCGCCAUAUGGUUUGCAGCAAAAACGCUGUAUUUUUGGGCAAAGAUCUCAUAUGGUCAUGUUUAUCGCGACGACUGCUACAACUAUUUAAGCACACUGGUUUAA